GUGCGGGAUGUGAAGGGGAUGGGGCUGCUCAGAGACUGGAGUUUCGCGCGAGAAGAUAGAGUCAUUGCCCCGUUAGAAGACGGAACUAUUUGUGUGUGGGAUUUGAAUCAUUCACACUCAAGCGCAUCCCAUCUUACAAAAGGUAGAAUUGCCGGCACCAGCGAGUCUGGGGCGCUAUUUUCGAAUUUGUCAAAAAGAAGUGACAAGUCGCCGACGCGAAGUCCGGGGAUGGAGUUUCUAGGCGUUGGCGAAUGCAUGAGCGUGGAUUCCGUUCGGAAGCGGGCGUAUAUCUGCGUGGGGAAUAUCCUCAAUGAGGUGGACUUGGAAACGUUACAGAUUGUCCACCAGGAGAGAUACGCCUGGUCUAUUUUUGCUCUGUCGCAGGAAACAGACUACUCAGUGCCUAUCACACUUGCUACAACGCUGAGUCUUCAAAUCUACGAUGCGCGUUUAUCAACGCACGACGAGGAAGCAGAAAUCAGUCUACGCUGUGAAAAGCACCCACCUAAUUUCCUCCCCAAUUCCAACCUAUACAGCCAUCCCGACUGUCAGGUCCUGCGGCUACUCCCUAACGGCCAGCCACCACAGCGCAUCCGUAGCCCGGAACCAAUUGAAAAAGGCGCCAACUACGCGCCUCUCUUCCAACCGGGGCCCUUGUCCAUCUUACACCCUCCUACACCGCAUGUCAACACUAUUCUUCUAGCCGGCCGAUUCCCCAGUAUCCUCUGCUAUGAUCGACGAACCUUCCCCAAACUCCAACAGGCGAUCCACUCCGGAGGCAGACUAUGCGGCCUGACCUCCGUUCCUCCCCCCAACUUCCCCGUCUGUUCUCACCCACACUGGCUAAACAAACACACCGUCGUGGCUUGCGGUGAAUACAACGGACGAGGCUCCCUUGAGCUCUACGACCUCGCCUUCUCAGGCUCUGACCCCCAGAGCGCAAAUGCCGAGUCUACGAUGCACACAGCGCGAUAUCAAAACCGCCAAAGCGCAUCAAGCUCAAAACUCCUCUCCGUUGCCUCGCAUGGCGCCCGCAUCGUCUUCUCAGAUUCGAACGGCAAUAUCAAGUGGAUUGAGCGAGACGGUCGAACGGAGAUUCGCCGCUGGAAUAUCAACACCGAUCGGCCACAGUCGCCGCCCUCUAGUUUAGACAACGUCCCCGACGGGCUUAUUUCCCCGUCAGGCAUGUUCUGGUCCUCCGACGCUAAUAGUCGGAACGCGGUGGCACGGAAGAUUCUUCCUACGGACGCGAACUUGGAUGGCGAUGAGCUGCUCGUCUGGACAGGGGACCGGAUAGGGCGGCUGAAGUUUUCCCAUGACAAUGAUCAUGUCGAGGAAGAUGAAUAUAAGUAUGACGACGAGGACCAUAUGAUCUCUGAUCUCGAUCCAGCAGAAAGACAAACUCGGAGAGAGAGUCGCCAAGCCUUGCGCCGUCGCGAGCAGGAGUAUGCGCAUAUGAUGCGCUUGGCUGGCUAUGUCUGCGCGCCCAUCCUCCCCUCGCACGCCGAUAAUCUCCUCCUCCCGCAGAUGGUUACCAACAACGCCGACCCCCUCAUCACAGCUUACACCAUCUCCAUUGACUCAAACAACGCAUCCGUAACGACGGGCAUCUCGGCGCAUGACCGCGCCUUGACGUGUCGCCAGCUAGCAGACCCGAAAAUCACCGCCGCUAACUUCCGUCGUCCAGGACACAUUCUGCCCCUACGCGCGCGUCAGGGCGGCGUGCGCGAAAGGAGAGGGCAUACAGAGGCGGCUAUUGAUCUGUGUCGAUUGGCGGGGCGCGCGCCGGCGGGUGUGAUCGGUGAGCUGGUCGAGGAGGGUAAUCUGGUGGAGGGCGUGGCAGAGAUUAAGGGCAAUAAUGGCAUGAUGCGCAGGGAUUCUUGUCUGCGGUUUGGCAAGCGGUUCGGCAUAAAAGUUACGACGAUUGAGGAUAUGGUGGCGUAUUUGAAAAAGGUGGAUCCGUCGGGGAAUUUGAAUUUGGCUGUUUCGAAUGGGCACCAUUGAGAUGGGUUUUUUUCUCCUUUUUUGGGGUUUGUUGAUGGUGUAUUAGUGGCUGCUUUGACGCCGAUUGAUAGAUGAUACCGUGUGUUAUACUAGCGACUGGUGCAUAUAUGUUAUACAUGUACAUGCAGAACACAGAAAUAGAAAAAGGGCGUGCACAGGAUU